GCGACGGCGUUGCGAGUUUGACAGCAGCAGGAGAAAGAGAAGAGAAGAGAAGCUGCGGUGCGCGCCGACAAACAACACACUAAACGUACACCAGUCCCAUGAAACUGGACAGGUCGAGGAUUCAUCACUGGAAUCGCAUCCACACUAUUCUGAGCUGCUGACAUCUGGUCGGAACCGGAGAAUCCACUCUUUCAUACAGUCGAAACAGUCUUGCUGGUUAAUCGUAGAUGCCCCUGUAUGUUUGAAUGAUCACAUUGAGUGUGAAUCACAAGGCCCAGUUGCUUUGACCUGGAGCGGAAGGAUUUUCAUGUAACACACCCUGCCAUGGACAUGAAGAGGAGUUGCACGCUCUGUGGAGGAGCUGUGAUGCUGCUGCUGCUGCUGCUGGGUCACAUGACCACUGCAUUAGAAGUGCCUCUAGACCCUAAAGUUCUGGAGGGAUUGCCUCAGCCUCCCACAAUAAUGCAUCAGUCCCUCAAGGAUUACAUCAUCGACCCUCGGGAGAACAUCGUUAUCCACUGCGAGGCGAAAGGAAAGCCUCAUCCCAGCUUUUCAUGGACACGUAAUGGCACUCAUUUCGAUGUGGAAAAGGAUUCCAAAGUUGUCAUGAAGCCCAACUCAGGCACUCUUGUCAUUGACAUCAGCGGAGAGAAGGCAGAGGCGUAUGAGGGUGUUUACCAGUGCAUCGCCCGCAAUGAGCACGGCUCUGCCAUGUCCAAUAACAUUGUCAUCCGUCAGUCAAGGUCCCCCUUGUGGUCAAAGGAGAAAAUUGAACCAAUCACGGUGCAGAGGGGAAUGUCUCUAGUGCUGCAGUGCAGACCCCCGGCUGGCCUGCCUCCUCCAAUCAUCUUCUGGAUGGAUAACAAUUUCCAGAGACUUCCCCAAAACAGUCGUGUAUCCCAGGCUUUAAACGGAGACCUGUAUUUCUGCAAUGUGCUCAUGGAAGACACCAGAAACGACUACAUCUGCUACGCCCGCUUCCCACACACUCAAACUAUCCAACAGAAACAGCCCAUCAAUGUCAAUGUGCUGGACAUUGAAGCUAUGAAUGACACUGUGUUGGCAGCUUUUUUGAAUGGCUCAGAUUUUUGGGGUGACAGUCCAUCUGGGGAGAGAGCGCCCACUUUCAUGAACCCACCAGGAACGCACAGUACCACCAUGGUUCUGAAAGGAGACACGUUGCAGCUGGAGUGCAUCGCUGAUGGCCUUCCAACGCCAGAUAUCUCCUGGAGCAAGGUGAACGGGGACCUGCCAAGCGGCCGUUUUUCAUUUCACAGUUUCCAGAAAACUCUGAAGAUAACGGAGGUGACAGAAGCGGAUGGGGGAGAUUACCGCUGUUUAGCCAAGAAUCGCCUGGGGAGCAACCAUCACAUCAUCACUGUAGUGGUCAGAGCGGCUCCCUUUUGGAUCAGUGCCCCUCAGAACCUCAUCCUGGCCCCGAAAGAAUCUGGAAUGCUCACCUGCCAGGCAGAAGGCAACCCUAAACCCACGGUCACAUGGUCUGUCAACGGAAUUCCCAUUGAAAACUCACAUAAGGACCCCAGUCGGAAAAUCGAAAAUGGCAAUAUCAUCCUCAGUGAUGUUCAGACCGGCUCAAGCUCUGUUUACCAGUGCAACGCCUCCAAUGAGUACGGUUACCUGCUGGCCAAUGCCUUUGUCAGUGUCUUGGCUGAACCUCCAAGGGUGCUGACUCCUCCAAAUCAUGUGUACUCAGUCGUCACUAACAGUAGGGCUCUGUUAGACUGUGCUUCGUUUGGCUCGCCACUUCCAAAGAUCACAUGGUUUAAAGACAGUCAGAGCAUAGUGGAUGGCGACUCGUACAUCAUUCAUAAAAACAAUACCUUAGAGAUCAAUGUGGCUCGGCCACUAAACAGUGGCAAAUACACCUGCAUUGCCUCAAACAGUCUUGGAAACAAAGAAAAUCAUGUUUACCUGGAAGUGAAAGAGGCUACACGGAUCAUCAGACAGCCUGGGUAUAAAGUGGUCCAGAGAAACAGCAUGGCUGUGUUUGAGUGUAAAGUCAAACAUGACCCCUCUCUCUUUCCCUCCAUGAUAUGGCUCAAAGACAAUAUGGAGCUUCCCGACGACACUCGAUUUGAGGUGGGCUCUGACAGUCUGACUAUACAUGACGUGAGAGAGGACGAUGAGGGCAACUACACCUGCAUCAGAAACACCACCCUUGACCAAGAUUCAGCCAACGCCAUACUCACAGUAGUCGAGGCCACACCAACACCACCUAUAAUAAUGGAGCAACCAGACCCGCCCACAGACCUGGAGCUGACAGACCAACGAGAGCGCAGUGUUCAGCUUACAUGGACCCCUGGUGAUGAAAACAAUAGUCCUAUUCAAUUGUUCCUGAUCCAAUAUGAAGAUUCGCUCCACGAGCCUGGAGUAUGGGUCAAUAUGACUGAAGUCUCAGUAACCAGCACCACAGCACACCUGGAGCUUUCCCCGUAUGUGUAUUACUCCUUCAGGGUCCUGGCACUCAAUGACGUGGGACUGAGUGAACCCAGCGCUCCAUCCAGACAGUACAGAACCAACCCUGCACGGCCUGACGGGAAUCCAUCAGACGUUGAAGUCAUUGGAACGUCACCUGACAGUAUGACAAUAACUUGGAGGGAGCUGACUGGGCUGGAGUUGAACGGUCCAGGCCUACAGUACAAGGUGAGCUGGAGACAGAAAGAUCUGGAUCAGCAAUGGACUUCACUCACUCUGGCCAAUGUCUCGCAAUAUGUGGUGACAGGAACGCCCACUUUUGCACCCUAUGAAGUCACCGUGCAAGCGGUCAAUGACUACGGUUCUGGUCCCAGACCAGAAGUGGUGCUGGGAUACUCAGGAGAAGACUUACCAAAUGUGGCCCCAGAGAACGUAAAAGUUUCGGUUCAGAAUGGGACAGUGGCCGAAGUGCGCUGGGACGCUGUCCCUCUUUCAACAGUACGAGGGCAACUGAAUGGAUAUAAGGUGAGUUACUGGAAAAUGAGAAGCCUGCACAAGCAAGACCCUGAGCCCGUGAAACCACAGGAGCUCAUCUUUCACGGGAGUGAGCCGGAGGGUCUUCUGAUCGGCCUUCAUCCCUACAGCCAGUACACCCUCAACAUUAGAGCCUUCAACAGGAAAGGAGACGGACCCACCAGCUCCAAUCACAUAUUUGAAACACCAGAGGGAGUUCCUGGGCCUCCUGCAGAUUUAAAAAUCCAAAAUCUGAACCUGGACUCAUUGAUUGUGAAGUGGGUGCCACCUGUAGAAUAUAACGGUCACUUGACAGGAUACUUGCUCAAAUACCAGCCUAUCAAUAAAACAGAUGAACUUGGGCCGCUCAAAGAGCUGCUUCUACCAGCAAACGAGACCAACAUCACUCUGGAAAACCUCAAGCACAGCACUCACUACAAGUUCUAUUUGAACGCCAUGACUAUCAAGGGCUCUGGCCCCAUUGUCACAAAAGAGGGCUUCACAAUGGUGGACGAAGCAUUAAUUCGGCAUCCCGCAGUAGAGGCGGGUAAAGGCUCAGCCCCCCCUUUACCACCACCAACCCCCCCUGUCACUCAAUCUUUGCAGUCCCCGUUUCACAAGGCGCCUCCUGCUGGUCGGAUGUUUGGGAGCGUGAACUCCUCGGUGGAGGAGGACCAUGCUGUGAUAAGCUGGGAAUACUCGGGGCCGGAUAGGAAUGUUUAUGUGGAAUAUGUUGUUGAUAACAGUAAAGAACCCUGGAAAACAGAGUUUGUAAAUGGCACUCGGACAUAUCAGAUUAAAGGACUAAAGCCGGGGAUGUCCUAUAGGGUUCGGGUGGUAGCCAAAGACCACUCAGACGCUACGGUCCACAGUACAGAGGAGCUGUUGAUUACAGUUCCAGCUAUGACUAGCAAGCAGGUUGACAUAGCCACGCAGGGCUGGUUUAUCGGGCUGAUGUGUGCCAUUGCUUUGCUGAUCCUGGUGCUCCUCAUCGUUUGCUUUAUAAAGAGGAACAAAGGAGGCAAAUAUCCAGUAAAAGAAAAAGAAGAUGCCCAUCAAGACCCAGAAAUCCAGCCCAUGAAAGAAGAUGAUGGGACAUUUGGGGAGUACAGUGACACGGAGGAUCACAAGCCCUUGAAAGGCAGCCGUACCCCAUCCAAUGGGACGGUCAAGAAGGACGACAGUGACGACAGCCUGGUGGAUUACGGUGAGGGAGGAGACGGACAGUUCAACGAGGAUGGCUCAUUCAUCGGCCAGUACAGUGGGAAGAAGGAAAAAGACACGGCGGAGGGCAACGAGAGUUCGGAGGCUCCUUCUCCGGUCAACGCCAUGAACUCCUUUGUGUAACUGACCUUUGACCCAUCCAACACCCCACCUCCUUGUCACACCAUCAUAUGGAGAACAGUCUCUAUUGCACUGUGACCCCCUAACAUCACAGCAAAAGAAAUAAAACAAACGCCCCUAAUGAAAGACAGUGAGAAUGCGAGAUGAGGGCCAGUCCAAGCUUCACCGCGAUUGGUCGGAAUGAGAGUCACGUGACAUUGAGACAUAUUAAGUGUAUUAUCUCACAGCGAGCAUACAUAUAUAUUGAUAUAUGUGUAUAGGAAUAUAUAAAUUGACAUAUAUUUUAUUAACAUGGCCCCGUUUACGUCAGAUGGCAUUGUAUCACACCAUCUUGUCCCUUGGACUCGCAUGGAAUCAGUAAUUGACGUCACACCCUCAGCAUUAAGGUGCAGUCACAUUUACAGUUAUUUGGCAAAUUUUCACAAGCAAUCGGAGGAAUCGGUGCGAUUUUCCAUUAGUAAACAGGUUCAAGUUUUCACGGAUUCAAAGUGACUUCUGUGUGAACAGUGCCUCAUUCAUGGCUACACUAUUGACAAUAUACAAUGGACUUUUUUUCGCGCGAAACUUCGCUAAUGUGACCGCACCUUUAGCCAGCGUUGUGGAGACCGUGAACCUCGUCUGACUAUAUGAUACUCACUUUUGCUUCACAGCUAAUGCCUGUUGCGUUCUGUCGUCAGUGUUCAAAUCGGUAUUAUGCACAUUUCAGGCACCAAUGUCUUUGUGGGCAUUGUUGUGAAGUAUGUAAUACGUGUAAAAGCUGUUCUUAGGCAUCAGAAGUUUUGAAUAUACAAAA